UUCCAGGUGAUCGCAGAUAGACCGUAAGAUGACCACUCCAGAAGUUCGGCCUAAUCACACUAUUUACAUCAACAACCUGAAUGAGAAAAUUAAGAAAGAUGAGCUGAAGAAGUCGCUGUAUGCGAUCUUCUCCCAGUUUGGGCAGAUAUUGGACAUCUUGGUAGCACGAAACUUGAAGAUGAAAGGUCAGGCCUUUGUUAUCUUUAAAGAGAUCAACAGCGCCUCAAACGCCUUAAGGUCGAUGCAGGGGUUUCCAUUUUACGAUAAACCCAUGCGAAUCCAGUAUUCCAAGACCGACUCUGACAUCAUUGCCAAGAUGAAGGGAACCUAUGUGGAACGAGACCGUAAGAAGGAGAAGAAGAAGCCCAAACCUGAAACGGGUGGAAGUAAGAAAGCAGCUGCAGCCAUGGUGGCUGGCGUACCUGCAGGCAUGCCGGGAAUGCCUCCAAUGAGCCAGGCUCCACGGAUGAUGCACAUCCCAGGACAACCGCCUUACAUGCCCCCUCCGGGAAUGAUGCCCCCUCCUGGAAUGGCUCCUGGCCAGAUUCCUCCAGGUGCCAUUGCUCCUGGCCAGAUGAUGCCUGGACAGAUGCCGCAGCAGGUUUCAGAAAAUCCCCCCAAUCACAUCCUCUUCCUCACAAACCUGCCUGAAGAGACCAAUGAACUCAUGCUCUCCAUGCUCUUCAACCAGUUCCCUGGGUUUAAAGAAGUGCGUCUGGUUCCUGGCCGUCACGACAUCGCCUUUGUGGAGUUUGAAAAUGAGGUCCAGGCUGGCGCUGCACGAGAUGCACUGCAGGGCUUCAAGAUCACACAGACCAAUGCUAUGAAGAUCUCUUUUGCUAAGAAAUAGCCUACCUUACCGGUCCUGGGUUUGAAUGCUUUCAGAACUUUUUUUUAUUUUUUUGUAAGACUUGCUGACUUUUGACAGUGAUACUUUUCUCCUCUUCGGGGAUUACCAUGUAAGUAUACUUUUAAACGUCAAGCUGCUGUGCUUUAAAACACUUUAUUGGCAGAAAACCUGUUGAUAAAUAACAGAUUCAAGGUUGUGAAUAUAUAAACUGUCACAAUUCAAUUGGAAGUUCUGUUAAUCUCCGAUCUCACAGCAGAUUGACGUUUUUAUCGUUUUUAUGAAUCAACUGUUAAAGCAUUGCACCCAGGGUCUGGGCAACCAGACAUUGUACCUGGAGCUUUUUUCCUCUCUAUUUUUGUUUAAUUUUUUAAAUAAAAAAAUAUGCAGUUA